AUGAACAAUGGAUCAAGUAUAUCUGAUUUUUUUCUCCUCGGACUUUGCAAUCCCCCACAACUGGAUGUGGUUUUGUACACUGUUUUUCUUGUUAUGUACAUUAUAACCUUAAUUGGAAAUAUUGUUAUACUAAUUAUUACAAAUAUAGAUUCAGCACUAAACUCUCCCAUGUAUUUUUUUCUUGGUAAUUUAUCCUUUUUGGAUGUUCUUUGCACUACAUCUACUGUGCCCAAUAUGUUGGCUUAUUUCUUUGUUCCAAAAAAAUACAUUUCUUUCCAUGGAUGUUUCAUUCAAAUGUUUGUAUUCACUGCUGCAAUGGACACUGAAUUUCUUCUAUUGACUUUUAUGUCCCUUGACCGUUAUGUGGCAAUCUGUAAUCCCCUGAGAUAUAAAAAUAUCAUGAGCAAAAAUGCUUGUUUUUGUAUUUCUGCUGUAGUGUGGUCUUUUGGUUUAUCUAGUUCAACAUUUCAUACAUCAACCAUUUCAUGGAUGUUGUUCUGCGGCUCCAACAAAAUUAAUCACUUCUUUUGUGAAGCUCCACAAGUGAUGGCACUGUCAUGUUCCGACACAAGUCUAAACCAGCUAGUACUAAUAGUUACAGAUCUAAUACUGGGACUAAUAUGCAUUAUUUUUAUUUUUCUAUCUUAUGUGUUUAUCCUUAUAGCCAUAUUACGCAUACGUUCCACUGAAGGAAAAAAAAAGGCAUUUUCUACAUGUGCAUCUCAUAUUACAAUUGUGGUAUUAUUCUAUGGAACACUGAUCUUUGCUUACUUCAGGCCUUCAGCACUCAAUGCUGAAAAUAUAGACCAGCAAAUUGCUGUUAUUUAUACAAUUGUUAUACCAAUGCUGAAUCCUAUCCUGUACAGCUUGAGAAAUAAAGAAGUGAAAGGAUCUAUUCAAAAAGUAUUUUUUAAAAAGAGUUCCCACUAAUGUUAUAGUCACACUAAUAAUAAAUACAAUAAUAUGUUAAAGUCAAUGUUUUAAUACUAUUUAAAAGCAUGAACCAUAACUGCU